CGCUCAGCCAGGCCCGCAGAGGGCGCUGUGGCUUCGCCCGGGAGCCAGGCCUGUGCGAGACGCCGCCGGACGCGGAAGCGGCGGAGGGGCGCGUCUCUGUCGGGCGCCCCGCAUCCCGGGGCCUGCGGGCGAGCGCCGGCGGACGUAGCAGGGGCCCCCGUGUGCGCAGGGCCGCAGGGGCAUGGCACUGCUCCUAGCCCUCCGGGCUGGCCUGGGCACCCGCCCCUUGUGCCAGGCGGCGCGGCGUGGGCCGCGGCCUGGCGGAGAGGAGCUCGGCCGCCUGCCGAUGGAUGACCUGGCGCCCGGCCCGCGGCGGGAGCUGCUGUUCGGCCUGUCCCCGUGCCUCCUGGCCCUGCGGGCCGCCCGCCGCCGCGUGGCGCGGCUCCUGCUGCAAGCCGGCCGGGCCGGGCUGCAGGGGGAGCGGGCUGAGCUGCUCCGGGAGGCCGAGGCGCGGGACAUCCCGGUACUACGGCCCAGGCGGCAGAAGUUGGACGCCCUGUGCGGCUACCAGGUCCACCAGGGCGUGUGCAUGGAAGUGAGCCCUCUGCGGCCCCGGCCCUGGACGGAGACCAUGGAGGCGGACCCAGGCGACGUCCCCCAGCAGCUGUGGCUCGUCCUCGAGGGGCUCCAGGACCCCCGGAAUCUGGGGGCGGUGCUGCGCUCUGCUCACUUCCUCGGGGUGGAUAAGAUCGUCACCAGCCGGAGAAACAGCUGCCCGCUCACGCCGGUGGUCAGCAAGGCCAGCGCAGGGGCUGUGGAGGUGAUGGACGUGUUCUCUACCGAUGACCUAGCCGGUUUUUUACAGGCCAGAGCGCAGCAGGGCUGGCUUGUGGCUGGCACAGUCAGGUCGCCGGGGCCUGAGACUGCCCACACCCCUGAGAGACCCGUCACCAAUUGUCUGGAGUUCCUGUGGGACCAGCCCACACUGCUAGUCCUGGGGAACGAGGGCUCUGGGCUGUCCCCUGAGGUGCAGGCCUGCUGCCAGGUGCUCCUUACCAUCCUGCCCGGCCGCCCGCUGCCCGCUGGGCUCGAGUCGCUUAAUGUCUCCGUGGCUGCAGGGAUUCUUCUGCACUCCAUCUGCAGCCAGAGGAAGAUGUUUCCUGCACACAGGGAGAGAGGGCAGCUUCUCACAGAACCCCCCACGCACAGCUGAAGGACCAAG